CGGUACUGUACGUCCAAUUUCCAUUAUGCCAGCUCUCACAGGCUUAUUGUUGAAGGAAACGUCGUUGGAAACGUCUGCCCAAACACCAAAAGGAUCCACCUCCCUCAUCACCCCAUCGCUCCGUUGUUGCAAGCGCCAAGUUAUUAGUGGUCUGUACCGUAGCUGACAGUCCAUCAAACCAUGGCCGACUUUAGUGAGGCCAGUCAACUGCACGAUUGGAUGCUUGCAUCCCCUGCCAUGCUCGAUAAGUGCCGGGCCAAGGGGAAUCUGUUGGCACGAGAAUACUUGGCCAAGCCGAAAGAACAGGAAGAAGGAUCCACGUCUACCACGCUUCCGCCCGUGGAGAAAUUUGCCUGUGGCUACGCCAGGGCUCAAAAAGAAAACCCCGACAAUGAGGAUCCUGCUUCCAUGGGACCGCAGAAAGACGCGAGCAAUCACGAGUUUUUGACGACCGAUGAAGAAGAGUUUAUGGUAACCUUUUAUGCCAGCAAAAUUCCCUUUCUGAUUGGCCCCACAGCACAGCAUGCCUUUCUACGAAGACCCCACAAAUUCCCAGCCACGGCUGCAGCACUCUUCAGACGCUUCUACUUGAGCAACUCUGUCAUGAUUCAUGAUCCUAAAGCGGUCAUGGUAGCGGCAGCCUUUUUGGCCAGCAAAGUCGAAGACGGUACCGCCAGAGUCCGGGAACUCGAAAAGGGCACCGAGUUGAUGCAAUCUCCCGUGACACAAGCGGAAAUAUUGCCGGCAGAACUGUUUCUCCUGGAUGGGAUUCGAUUUCAGCUCAUGUGCUUUCACUCCUUCAAACCGGUCGAGGCAUUGACCGAAGAUCUGAGGACUUUUCUCAAGUCAGAGCGAGGAAUCACGCUCGUGCAAAACAAACGCAUUGCCUCGGAGGAUUUGAAACCUUUAUUCCAUUCUGCGUGGGGCUUGCUGGAUGAUGUCAUGGUCAGUGAUAUUCCACUCCUUUUCACGCCCGGACAAGUUGGAUUGGCCGCCAUGAUUGUCGCCAAUGAAACCGUCCAAGCCAAACAAGCGCAAAAACCCGAAGAGGAAGAAGGAUUGCCACCUCUUGAUUUAUUGGCAUACGUCAAGCUUCGAUUUUCAGAGGAGCAAGGGAGGCAAAUGGAAGAGAAAAUGAAGGACCUAGUACCCAUGAUCAAAGGCCUCAAGGAGGGCAAACACGGUUGUGGAAACCAUACCGUCGACAUGGCCAAGCUAAAAGCAGUCCACAAAAAGCUCAAGAAGUGUCGCUUAUGGGGAAAGAAAGAAAAGAAGAGCAAGAAGAGAUCUGCGGAAGGUGGAGAGGAAUCCAAGAAGAAAAAGUCAAAGAAAAACAAGGAUUAGAUGAUGGUGGGCUGGUGGAUACACAAGCAGCAAAGCCAAGUCGCUUUGUGCAUUGUUUGCCUCGAAAGACACGCACCAAUUUGUAGUUGUACAUGUAGCGAAAGCUAAGGAAAGCCAAGGAUCAGAUGGAAGCACUAGCAGUUCAUUGCAGUUUGCUUUGUUCAAUGCUUGCCUCCAAAGAUACCGGUGCGCACCAAUUUCUAGUUGCAGCGCUUUGCUAAAGAAAGCCAAGGAUCGGGUGGCUGGCGACCUAGUGAAAGCACCAGCAGUACACUUGAUUUGUGCAUUGAGUUUUGCCUCCAAUGAUAGGCACCACUGUGUAGUUGCAGCACCAGCAAGCUGGAAUCGGCACAAUAACAGAGUCCAUUCUAUUUCGUACAGACGUGUCUUUCCCAUAGAUUCUGGGGUGAU